AUGGAGCCAGGAAAGGAGAGAGCUUUCCCUCCCACUAAAGAGGGAAUAAAAAUGCUCGCAGGAAAGGCCCUCGGGAAUUUACACAGGAAGCUGGAGAAACGGCAGCAAACAGGUGAGGUGAUCGAGCUGACGGAGGAUGGGAGACCCAGGGAGGACCGGGAGAGGAAGGCGCCCCUGUGCGACUGCACAUGUUUCGGGCUUCCACGCAGAUAUAUCAUCGCUAUGAUGAGCGGGCUCGGCUUCUGCAUCUCUUUCGGUAUCCGGUGUAACCUGGGUGUGGCCAUCGUCAGCAUGGUCAAUAACAGCACAAUUCAUCAAAACGGCAAGAUCAUCAUCAAAGAGAAAGCGAAAUUCAACUGGGAUCCAGAGACUGUGGGGAUGAUUCACGGAUCCUUCUUCUGGGGCUACAUAGUUACUCAAAUUCCAGGAGGGUAUAUUUCCUCAAGAUUAGCAGCAAACAGAGUUUUUGGGGCUGCCAUCUUCCUGACAUCUACCCUGAACAUGUUCAUUCCCUCGGCUGCUCGAGUGCACUACGGGUGUGUCAUCUUUGUGAGGAUAUUACAAGGCCUUGUGGAGGGAGUGACAUACCCGGCCUGCCAUGGAAUCUGGAGCAAAUGGGCUCCUCCACUGGAGAGAAGUCGUCUGGCAACUAUCUCCUUCUGUGGAUCCUAUGCUGGUGCAGUGAUAGCCAUGCCUCUGGCUGGGAUCUUGGUCCAGUACACAGGAUGGUCCUCUGUCUUCUACCUGUAUGGAUCCUUUGGAAUGUUCUGGUACAUGUUCUGGAUCUUGGUGUCCUACGAAAGCCCGGCAGAGCACCCCACCAUCACUGAUGAGGAGCGGCGUUACAUUGAGGAGAGCAUCGGAGAGAGCGCUCAGUUGAUGGGUGCAGCUGAAAAAUUCAAGACCCCCUGGAGGAAAUUCUUCUCCUCCAUGCCUGUCUAUGCAAUUAUCGUGGCCAACUUCUGCAGGAGCUGGACCUUCUACUUGCUCCUCAUCAGCCAGCCCGCCUACUUUGAAGAGGUGUUUGGAUUUGAAAUCAGCAAGGUUGGGAUUCUGUCAGCGCUCCCUCACUUGGUGAUGACCAUCAUCGUGCCCUUAGGCGGCCAGCUAGCAGACUACCUGCGCACCCAUAACAUCCUGUCCACCACGAUGGUCCGGAAAAUCAUGAACUGUGGAGGGUUUGGAAUGGAGGCUACUCUCCUAUUGGUGGUUGGUUACUCUCACAGUAAAGGGGUGGCUAUCUCUUUCCUAGUUCUGGCGGUGGGAUUUAGCGGUUUUGCAAUAUCAGGUUUCAAUGUCAACCAUCUUGACAUCGCUCCUCGCUAUGCCAGCAUCCUAAUGGGUAUAUCCAAUGGCGUGGGAACCCUGUCGGGGAUGGUCUGCCCACUAAUAGUGGGAGCUAUGACCAAGAACAAGACCCGGGAAGAGUGGCAGUAUGUCUUCCUUAUUGCCUCCCUUGUGCAUUAUGGGGGUGUGAUCUUUUACGGGCUCUUUGCGUCUGGAGAGAAACAGCCAUGGGCCGACCCCGAAGACACCAGCGAAGAAAAGUGUGGUUUUAUUGAUGAAGAUGAGCUGGCCGAAGAGACGGGUGACAUCACCCAGGGUUACGGUGCAAUGGGCGGUCCCACCAAAAGCUACGGGGCCACCGCGCAGCUCAAUGGAGGCUGGGUGCAGGACUGGGAUAAAACAGAGGAGUACGUACAGGAACCGGCCGGCCAGAUGUACGCUGAGGGUGGCUACUCUUAG